AUGAUAACGUUGUUUACAUAUCAUGAUAUGCAAGCACUUUGCGAAGAUCGAUUUCGACAAGCUUUAUAUAGGAAAAUAGAAGGAGGUUAUUUGAAGUCGCAAAAUGAAAGAAAUUUAGAUUGCAUUGUUACAUUUCAAACUCAUUCCAUAUUGCAAAGAUUCAUGUUGAGAUUUGAUCUUUUACAAUUAGAUUGUAACGAUCAUUUAUACAUAUACGAUGGAGCUCAUGCUGUAGAUAGUUAUAAGCAUGAUUUUUUUUUUUUUUUUUUUUACACGUAA